UUGUAAUUUGCGGCAUGCCCGCCAAAUCCAAACCCUAGCCUCACCGUCAUCGAUUGGACAAACCGUUCGAAUCCACCAUCACCAUCGGUCGGACCAAAAACCCUCUAAUUCACCACCGCCGUCGCGGUUCGGCGGACACCGACGGCGAAGAUGCCGAUAGAGAUGCCAAGAGGGUUGCCCUUCUCCGUCGACACCUUUGGACCGUACACGACGAAGAAGAGGAAGAGGCAUCAUUUCUUGACUCAUGCCCACACGGACCACACCGCCGGAAUUUCUGUCGCCAACGCCGUUUUCCCGAUCUACUCAACCUCGCUCACCAUUUCUCUUCUUCUUCAACGACAUCCUAAGCUUGAUGCGUCUUUGUUUGUGAGCGUCGAGGUUGGGCAAUCGGCGUGCAUCGAUGAUCCUGAUGGAAAAUUUAAAGUCACCGCUUUUGAUGCGAACCAUUGUCCUGGAGCUGUCAUGUUCUUAUUUGAAGGCAAUUUUGGUAAUAUACUUCACACUGGUGAUUGUAGACUAACCUCGGAGUGCCUACAGACCUUGCCUGAGAGAUACGUGGGAAGACAAGGCAAGGCACCGCAAUGUUGUCUUGAUUACAUUUUUCUCGACUGUACAUUUGGGAAAUUCUCUCGAGGGUUUCCAAGCAAGCAUUCAGCGAUUAGACAGAUCAUCAAUUGCAUAUGGAGACACCCAGAUGCGCCAAUUGUCUAUCUUGCUUGUGAUCUUCUGGGUCAGGAAGAUGUACUCGUAGAAGUUUACAGAACAUUUGGUACCAAGAUUUACGUUGAUAAAGCUACCAACCACCACUGUUUCAGAUCACUAAUGGUUACACAUCCUGAAAUUGUGUCUGAAGAUCCAUCUUCCCGGUUCCACAUAUUUGAUGGCUUCCCUAAAUUGUGUGAGAGGGCUAGUGCAAAACUUGCUGAGGCUAGAUACAAUCUUCAGCCUGAACCCAUUAUUAUCCGCCCUUCUGCUCAGUGGUUUGUUUGUGAUGAGGAUGAAUCUCCUAAACACAGAAGCCAGAGUCCAAAACGGAGAAGAGACAGAUUUAAUGAAGCUUUGAGGGAUGAGUUUGGUAUAUGGCAUGUGUGCUACUCCAUUCACUCGUCUCAAGAAGAACUGGAAUCAGCCUUGCAACUUCUUUCCCCGAAAUGGGUGGUGUCAACAACUCCAUUUUGCAGAGCAAUGGAGUUGGACUAUGUGAGAAAAAAUUGUUUGGUCAGUCGACUAGGUCCAGAUGAUCCUUUGUGGUUGCUUCUAGACAUCGAUGUGCAAUGUUCCUCACCUGUCAGUUGUUGUCCCAUGAUAGAAGAACAUAGCCAGCAGGAUUAUUCAAAUUCCCAGCUGGAACCUGUAAUAGAAUCUUCUAGCAUGAAGAAGCGCUUGAGUUUGUCCACUGACAAAAGUCUACCCGUUACACUUUUUGGGAGAGCGAGGCUCGGGUUAGAAGAAUCUGAUCGUUCAAACGAGAAGAGAACCAUAACCAACAGAUAUGAUGAAUACACAGUUUCAAGGUUGAACAUGAAGGAAGUAGUCGAGCCUUUACAAGAUGUUACCAAUGAAAGACGAGAUGGAGUAGAACCUUCAUUUGAGGAAGUAAACGAUGACCGUGAUGAUGCAGAAAACUCAACGGCUGACUCGGGAAAAGAGAGUUGGAAGGGAUUUUCUCCGUGCAAGAAUCUGAGCAAGAAUCUGAGAAAGCUGUACAGAUCGAUGAAUGCCCCUGUUCCACGGCCGCUCCCCUCCUUGGUUGAAAUUAUGAACGCCAGGAAACGUGCUCGAAAGCAUCUCGUCUUGUAGAAUCGGUAUCAAAACCUAGUUGUGGUUUUGGUAUAGUUCAUCUUACUCUGAAUUGCAUUGUGUUUAGAGAUCAUGGUUAAUUAAAAUCAUUAGGGUUUGGUAAAUGACGAGGAUCACUGUGCUGAAGACAUGCAUGGAGAUGGAGGAUGCUACCAAGUACCAAGACCAAGAUGAAGGAGACGUCAUGCAUGGCUGCUACAACAAAAUUUUGAUGAUUAUGAGUAAGGAUUCUUGAGGCCAGCUUUCAUUUCUUGAAGCUCAAAUUUUGAGUUCUUGAAUACUUUUCAGAAGAUUUUUUUUUUAAAAACAUAGAUCUUGAGGGUGGUUGUUGUUGUUGUUGUUGAGAACUUGAGAGUACAAUUAUGUAAAGAGAUUUUUACCCAUUGGAAGAUAUUGUUCAGUUUCAGAGCAGAA